AUGGAAACGGCGCAGAGGAACGGGGAGUCGGAGCUGUUCAACCCGCAGGAGCAACCACAGUACAAACUCAUGGAGAAGGAUGUGAUGAGGUCGCGCAACAGGGAGAUGGGGGAGCUCUUCCAGGCGGGCUUUGGCAUCCACCAUGCCGGCAUGCUGCGCCCCGACCGCUCUCUCACGGAGAAGCUCUUCAGCAUGGGGCUCAUCAAGAGCAUCCACCAUGCUGGCAUGCUGCGCCCCGACCGCUCGCUCAUUGAAAAUCUCUUCAGCAUGGGGCUCAUCAAGGCUAGUGAGAGUAUGCGCAUCUGCCUAGGUGCAAAGUGCAUCCACCAUGCUGGCAUGCUGCGCCCCGACCGCUCGCUCACAGAGAAGCUCUUCAGCAUGGGGCUCAUCAAGCAUGAGACAUUUGACAUGCUGCGCCCCGACCGCUCGCUCAUAGAGAAGCUCUUCAGCAUGGGACUCAUCAAGGUGCUUGUGUGCACAGCCACGUUGGCAUGGGGAGUUAACCUGCCGGCCCACACUGUCAUUAUCAAGGGCACUCAACUGUACGAUGCCAAGGUUGGCGGUUUCCGGGAGCUGGGGAUGCUCGAUGUGAUGCAGAUCUUCGGUCGAGCAGGGCGGCCGCAGUUUGACUCAAGUGGGGAGGGCAUCAUCAUCACGGCCCACAACCAGCUUGCACACUAUCUCCGCCUCAUGACCCACCAACUGCCCAUCGAGUCGCAGUUCGUGGCGAUGCUGAAGGACAAUCUGAACGCGGAGGUGGUGCUGGGGACGGUGACUAACGUAAAGGAGGCGUCGGCCUGGCUGGGGUACACGUACCUCUUCGUACGCAUGCAGGCGAAUCCGCUAGCGUACGGGAUGACAUGGCAAGAUGUAGCUAUGGAUCCGGGCCUGGUGGCUCGGCGCCAGGCCUUGAUCACCGAAGCUGCUCGGUCUCUGGACCGAGCCAAGAUGAUGAGGUUCGACGAGCGCAGCGGGCAGCUGUAUGUGACUGAGCUGGGGCGCGUGGCGAGUCACUUCUACAUCCGAUACUCGUCUGUGGAGACCUACAACGAGCUGCUGAGGCGACACAUGAGCGAGAGCGAGAUCGUCGACGUCAUAGCACGGUCAUCCGAGUUCGAGAACAUAGUGGUGAGGGAGGAGGAGAUGCCAGAGCUCUUCACUCUGCGAUCCAAGUUCUGCCCUCUGGAUGUGAAAGGCGGGCCGGAGGACAAGAUCGGGAAGAUCAACAUUCUCAUCCAGGUGUACCUAUCUCGCGGCUACCUCGAUUCCUUCUCACUCAUAGCUGACACCGCCUAUGUAUCCGCCUCGCUGGGCCGCAUCACACGUGCGCUCUUCGAAAUCGCUCUAAAACGAGGAUGGUGCUCCCUGGCGGCCUCCCUGCUGGAGAUGGCCAAGGCGGUGGAUCAGCGCAUCUGGCCACACCAGCACCCCUUGAGGCAGUUCGAGUCUGUGAUUUCACAGGAGGUACUGUUCAAGCUGGAGGACCGGGGGCUGGAUCUGGAUCGCCUGUGUGACAUGGACGACAGUGAGAUUGCUGCCAUCAUCCGCUCGCCCUAUGCUGCCAAGUUGGUGUCACAGUGUGUUUCCCAGUUCCCCUAUCUGGAGCUCGACGCGCACAUCAGCCCCAUCACCCGCACCGUGUUACAGGUGACUCUUUAUGUGACGCCCACCUUCCAGUGGAAAGAACGAUUUCACGGCAAUGCCCAGCGCUGGUGGAUAUGGGUGGAGGGCAGCGAGAUCGAGCACAUCUACCACACGGAGUACUUCAUUCUGUCCAAGAGGAUGAUGGCACAGGGCACACACACGCUCACCUUCACCAUCCCGUUCUCCACUCUCUAA